CAACUUUGACAACAAAAGUGUUAUAAACAACAAACGGUCGCCGUCAAAAAAAAAAAUAAAAUCACGCAAAAGAAAAUAAUCAAAAUGAAAAGUUUACUAGCGGUUUUAUGUCUAACGAUAGCAGUACAAGGUCGUGAAUAUCAUUAUGAUAAACCACAAGUAGCUUUCGAAAAAGAAGAUGUUUCACAUCAAACACAACCUACUGCUGCUGCCACACAGCCUAGUAAGAGUAUUAUUAAGGGUCUUAAUGGCAAGGAUUUUGAGGUAACAAUGUCGGCGUCAAGAAAAGUGUUUGAAACACGUUUACCACCCAAAGAAGAGGUAUUUAUAGUACAACAUUUAAAUCAACCAGUAACUGCAGCACCAGCAUUCUAUCAACGACAACCGGCCAAUGUAGCACCAUAUCAAUACCCACAGCCCACAGGUAUAAAUUCUACACCAAAUCCAGGAUUUUAUGGAACACUUCAACAGACUUAUCAUAAUAAUCCACAACAACAUUUAAAUUUAAAUUCAAAUCAGUACAAUGGAGUCAAUGCAGUCAGUAAUGCACAACAUCAUUACAAUCAAUUUACAGCUAAUACAAAUUAUCAACAACAACAACAGCAGUUACAGCGGCAACAGCAAUAUGGAGCUACAUUUUCCCAUUAUCCUCAACAACAACAACCGCAGCAAACCGGUGUAGUUUCCCCAAGAACACAACAGCUACAACAAAUAGGAGGCUCUUUUUCCCAAAUACCAGCGCAACAGCAGCAACAAAAAUAUUAUCCCCAACAAUACGACCAUUAUCUACAGCAGCCACAACGCAACACUAAUCUACCAAAUUCCAAUAAUCUACUAAACGAUUUAGUCAAUAAUCAUAAAUACGUUUCACAAUCGGAAGCAGCACAACUCGAUGUUUAUCCGUACAAACAAAUAAAUGGCAAUCCCCGGCCAUUUACACGUAUCAUCACUAAAUGCGAUGCUCCAGGUCAAUGUGAACCACAAAAUGCUGCCGAGGGCGGUAGAGGAGGCAGUGAUUUCCACCAUCAACAGGUUUUAAAACAAUCUAAAGCUCAUGUUAGCCCCAACACAGAUAAAUGUCAAAAUAAAUUCAAUUAUCAAUUUACGGGUAAUGCCUUGACAGGUAAUGCUGCUAAAGCCCAAAGAGGUAUACCCAUUACCAAGGGCACUGACUUAAGAGAUCGUCGACUGUUUGCUUACAGUGAAGUGGUAAUACCACAAUAUCCACAUAAUUAGAUAAAAAAAGUUUUUACUUUUGUUAAGCACUGUUUAAAGAUAAUAAU